UUAAAUAUAUUUUCGAUGAAUUAAAGUGGUUGAUAAAAAUGAUUUUAAUCAAGAAAAUAAAAGCCUAUUUUUCUUAUCUAAAUAAUCUAUCAAGAAGACUUUUAUCUCAGAAAAGACGCAUUAUUAUAUUAUUAAUUAUUGAUAUUAUACUUUUUAUUAUAGAGCUUGUUAUAGGACUUAUAGCAAAUUCUCUUGCGCUUUUUGCAGAUUCGUUUCAUUUAUUAAAUGAUGUGGUUUCUCUUAUUAUAUCUUUAUGGUCGAUUAAACUUGCUUUAAGAAAAAAUUCAUCUGCAAAAUAUACAUAUGGUUGGCAGCGUGCAGAAGUACUUGGCGCAUUGAUUAACGGUAUUUUUUUAAUGGCACUUUGUUUAACAAUUUUUUUGCAAGCAAUUCAAAGAUUUUUUGAAAAAGAUGAGAUUCAUAAUCCUCGUGCAAUAUUUGUAGUAGGAAUUAUAGGUAUUCUUACUAAUAUAUUGGGUCUUUUUUUAUUUCAUGAUUUUAAACACCAAAAAAAUAAAUAUUCCAAAGAUGAAGAAGGGAUUUAUAAAUAUAAUUCUGAUAAAAAUAUAGUGAAUUCGUUUAAAAGUGAUAUUUUCAUUGAAAAUUAUAAUUCAAAUGAAUAUCUUAAACCUCAUAUUGUUGAUUGGCUAGGUGAAAAUUCUAAGAAUGAUUCACUUAUUCAAAGAUUACUUGAUGAACAUACUAAUCAUAAUCAUGCAAAACAAGAAAAUAAUAUUGGAUAUGUUUAUUCGAAUUUAAAUAUGAAAGGUGUUUUUUUGCAUGUUUUUGGUGAUAUAUUAGGCAAUAUUAGUGUUGUAAUAACUGCCUUGUUUAUCUGGUUAACUGAUUUCUCAUGGAAAUACUAUGUUGAUCCUGCUAUUAGCAUUUUUAUUUCUAUCAUUAUUUUUAUUAACGCGCUACCUUUGGUAAAAUCUUCAAGUUUAAUUUUACUUCAGGUAGCACCAAAAAAUAUACGUGUUAUGGAAAUAAAAGAGGAUAUUUCUAAUGAAUGAUAUUUAUUAUUUUUUAACUUUAUUUAAUUUCUUUUAGAUUAUCGGAGUUCUUUCUGUUCAUGAGCUUCAUAUAUGGCAAUUAUCCGAUACAAAAUUGAUUGCUUCUGCACAUAUUCUUACUGAUAUUUCAUUUGAUAAUGCCGAAAAAUAUACGAAUAUUGUUGCAUCUGUUCGCCAUUGUCUUCAUGCAUAUGGUAUCCAUUCAAGUACAAUUCAGCUUGAAUUUCAAGGUGUUUAUCCACAUAAAGCUUUUUUUUCUGAAGAUAACGAAAAAUCAUCUUGUCUUCUACGAUGUGUUGGUGGAGAAGAAUGUCUCAAUAGUCGUUGUUGCGUUUCUAG